GAAUGGGGCUGGGAAUGGGGCUGGGAAUGGGAAUGGGAAUGGGGCUGCCCGGCCGGGCACUGCCUGCAGCCCCUGCUCGCCACUGCCCUCAGUCCCUGCCCGCAGCCCCCCUGCCCUCAGCCCCAGCUGCCCUCCUGUUAAAUGGAAAGGGGCUUUGUGCGUGGGGAAACGAUGAGGCGCUCGGUGGAAAGCCGGCCUGCCGAGACAGGCGGGGAAGGUCAGAAAGUGACGUGACUUGCUGUGAAGUCAGGAGAUAGCGGUGUGAUGGAUGCCGGGGAUAAAGCUGGGUGCCUUUAGCGGCCGUGGGGAGAAGCAGCUUCGGGAAGGGGCCGCGUUUUGUUCGGUGCUUUGGAAGCGCUGCACGUGUGUCAGGCCUGGGUUUGGAACGUGCAGCAUCCAAACUCGAGGGCUUCAUCCUGUCGCAUGCACAGCAGAGAACCAGGGACACUUGACUCGUUUUUGAUCUUCUGAUACAAGAGCAGAGACCACAAUGCGGCAUUCCAGAACAAAAAGGAGAUUGAUAAGGGUGACAGGCUGGUUCUCUGUUUUUUCCUAUUGCAAUAAUGCAUUUAUUUGGUUUGUUCUGUUCUUUCUUCCCAGGGAGUUUGGAAUAAGCAGCUUCAGACAAACAGACUCCACUGAACCAAAACAAUGUUUGCAGAUUUGGACUAUGAUAUUGAGGAAGAUAAGCUGGGCAUCCCCACUGUACCUGGGACAGUGACCCUGAAGAAGGACUCUCAGAACCUGAUUGGGAUCAGCAUUGGAGGAGGAGCACAGUAUUGCCCCUGUCUCUACAUCGUCCAGGUGUUUGACAACACUCCAGCAGCCUUGGACGGCACCGUCGCGGCCGGGGACGAAAUCACCGGAGUCAACGGGAAAUCCGUCAAAGGGAAGACCAAAGUGGAGGUGGCCAAGAUGAUACAGAUGGUAAAGGGAGAAGUGACAAUACACUACAACAAGCUCCAGGCUGACCCGAAGCAGGGCAAGUCUCUGGAUAUUGUCUUGAAGAAGGUGAAGCACCGGCUGGUAGAGAACAUGAGCUCGGGGACAGCAGAUGCCCUGGGGUUAAGCCGAGCCAUCCUUUGCAAUGAUGGACUAGUGAAGAGGUUAGAGGAGCUGGAGAGGACUGCAGAGUUAUACAAAGGCUUGACAGAGCACACCAAGAGUCUUCUCAGGGCUUUCUUUGAGCUAUCUCAGACACACAGAGCAUUUGGAGAUGUUUUCUCUGUCAUUGGUGUACGGGAACCACAACCAGCUGCCAGCGAAGCCUUUGUGAAAUUUGCUGAUGCCCAUCGCAACAUUGAGAAGUUUGGAAUUCACCUUCUGAAAACAAUUAAGCCGAUGCUCACUGACUUGAAUACCUAUCUGAAUAAAGCCAUUCCUGACACGAGGCUGACUAUCAAAAAAUACCUGGAUGUCAAGUUUGAAUAUUUGUCUUACUGCCUGAAAGUUAAAGAGAUGGAUGAUGAAGAGUACAGCUGCAUUGCUCUGGGUGAGCCUCUCUACCGGGUCAGCACGGGGAACUACGAGUACCGCCUCAUCCUGCGCUGCCGGCAGGAGGCUCGCACGCGCUUUGCCAAGAUGAGGAAGGACGUGCUGGAGAAAAUAGAGCUCCUGGACCAGAAACAUGUGCAGGACAUCGUGUUCCAGCUCCAGCGUUUUGUGUCCACGAUGUCCAAGUACUACGACGACUGCUACGCCGUGCUCCGCGACGCCGAUGUCUUCCCCAUCGAGGUGGACCUCGCCCGCACCACUCUCAGCUAUGGGCAGAAGGACACCUACACUGAUGGGGCGGAAGAAGAAGAAGGAGAAAGCGAGAGAGAGGGUAGCGGGAGGGAGGAUGCAAAUGGAGAGAAGCUCAUUGAUGAUGCCUGAGUGUGUCAGCAUGGCCAGAGGGAGGACUUUGCAGACUUCUGAAAACAUGUAUUUCACGUGGCCAUUCAUCCUCUGCGAUGUCUCUGUGUGUCCAGCCUGGGAUUCCUCCUCUGCUUUGGGUGGGGUAGCUGGUUGGAUUGGGACCAGCCUCUGCUUUCCUCUCUUUUCCUUUGCUUGUUUGCCUGGAUAAUUGUUUUUUGCCCCUGGAGAUUUCUGCUGCCCAACCUGGGUACUGAGCUGUGGGGAGGAAAAGCCACUCCUACACUGCCAUGUGUCCCUGUGAGCAGGACUCUGCUGAGCACGUGUGCUCCUCUCUGUUAUAUGGAAGCUGGUUAAGGGUUUGGAGGUGAUUACAAAUGGUGAGAGCAGCCCCCUUCUAUCCUCCCCUUGUGCUGUGGGGAAGUGUUAGCAUCACUGCUUGCUGUCUUCAAGCUCCUUCUGAGCUUUCCACUAUCCACCUUAGGACUGUGAUGGAAAUACCCUAUCUUUAAAAUAGAAAGGAGACACAAGCCCUUGUGGAGAGAGGAAGAGGCUUUGGGAUUUUUUUAGUAUAAAGAAUGACUAGUGUGCUCUCCUCUCUGCACAGCUAUUUUGUGCUGCCUCUGGGCCAGCCAGCAGCAGUAGCUAUCCUCCCAUUCCCUAGCACAAGGGAAGGGGGAAAAGGAAAGCUGAGGUAAGUGAGAGUGCUUAUUUCCUCCUUCCUUUUAUCUUCUCCUCCCUCCAUCUCUGUGGGCCAAUCCCAGAUGCAGAUGGCACUUUUAUCUGUUAGUGGGCAGCAUAACUGCCAGGAGUGGUGGUGUUCUUGGGCCAGGGUUUUUUACUUCUCUGUCAUUACAUUCUGGUGGUCGUGGGAGAAGUUAUUUAAGUGCAUUAAUUUAUGAUCAAGAAUUUUUUUUAUUUAUGUUUCUCUUUGAUUGUUUUUGGAGCUUCUUCAUCUCUGUGGGUGCCUGGAGAAAAGCCAUCCAUGGUCAAGCUGCUCUGGAGAAUUUAAACAGACUGGUGUAGUGACUAUUGUCUGUAAUAAAGAAAUAUGUGACAUUUCA